AUGAGAAGCUGGGCAACGAACAGUGACGAGCUAAGACAACACUUGAAGGAGAAAGGGCUGUCGAACCAAGUCGUCGGCCUACUCUCCCCAGCGUUGGACGGACAACAAAAGAUGCUAGGAAUCCGGUGGGACACCGGAUCCGACUCCUUUCAAUUCGACCCAACAGCUAUAAUUCAAGCAGUAGAGGAAGUAGGGACCGAGAUCACAAAAAGGAAAAUUCUUAGCAUCUCAGCAAGGAUUUUCGAUCCAAUCGGAUUUUUAGCACCUAUUGUCCUUCUAUUAAAAAUUAUUUACCAGAAACUUUGGGAAAAGGAGAUAGGUUGGGACCAAACUGCUCCAGCCGAAAUUCAGAAAUCGUGGAAGAUGGUGAUGACGAGCCUAAUCGAUUUCACCCAAUUGAAAAUUCCACGCUGGAUCGGAUUGUCAGAAAUGAUCAUCUCCCAUGAACUUCACGUUUUCGGAGACGCAUCAGAAACAGCGUACGGAGCCGUAGCAUACGCAAGACUCCAAAGGAGACACGAAGAACCGUACGUCGUCCUACUAACAAGCAAGACCAGAGUUGCACCUCUACCCAAGAAAAAAGUAACUUUACCUCGGUUAGAAUUACUAAGCUCGCUUUUAGCCGUACGCCUAGGUGAAGUCGUCAAAACAGCAAUGCAAAUCCAUCAUUGGAGGACAAUUUACUGGUCGGACUCUUUAGUCUCACUAGGAUGGAUCAGAGGCGAACCAAACAAAUGGAAGCCAUUCGUUCGGAACCAAGUAGAAACGAUAAGAAAAUUCUCUCAGCCCGAGUGGUGGAGACACUGUCCAGGUCUCCAAAAUCCGGCCGAUCUUGCCUCGCGGGGAGCGCCAGCGCCAACGCUGGUAACUUCAACUCUAUGGUGGAACGGCCCGAUUUGGCUCAAAGAAGAUGAAUCGGAAUGGCCAGAUUCCCCCAACACCCUAAUUCCACAAACAAUUCAAUUCAAAAUUGAAUCGGAAGCAAGGAGUACGACGGUCAGCACGACAGCAGCCAUCACAGCUCCAACAACCACCAUCGAAUGGAAUUUGGACAGAAUAUCUACUUGGAAUCGACUAGUAAGAAGAACGGCAUGGAUCGCACGAUUCCUAAGAAGGAGUCAAGGGAUGUUAAGACCCCCUGGACAAGAAUUUAUGGAAUCAAUAAAGCAGGACAACCCAAUCCAACCCAAGGAGAAAAUCGCAUCUCUUCUCCCAAUCUGGGACCAAAGAGACAGACUCAUCCGUGUACAAGGAAGAGUAUCACUUGCUUUAAGGGAUCGAAAUAUCGAACCCCCAAUUCUGCUUCCUGCAAAACAUUUAGUAAUCUCCUUUCUAAUUACAGACAAACACGAGUCUUUACUACAUGCAGGAGUAAAAGGAACACUAUCGGAACUAAAGGAAAAGUUCUGGAUAGUGAAGGGACGGCAGCAAGUAAAAACCGAUUGGUUCGCUUGUGUUGAAUGCCAAAAACUAACGUCACCACCGUUCCAAGAACUAGCAGCCCCACUUCCGUUAAAUCGACUCCACCAGGCGCAAGCAUUCCAUAUUACAGGAGUGGAUUUCGCUGGACAUUUGUUUUACAAACCAGCCCCAUCCAGAAGGAAAGCGAAAGCCCUGACAUCAGUCCAGGAUCCGACUUCAACAGACGAUCCAAAUAAAGAGCCAGCUGAGGAGCUUCUCGCAGAAGAAGACGCUCCAAAUGAAGCUCCGCUCGCAGGCGAAGAAACGCCAACAGAAGAGGAUAUCGAAAUCCAAGAUAUUCCACCGACAACGACUAAAGCUAAGAAGACUAAUCAGCUCAAAAGUUAUGCUUGUCUUUUCACAUGUGCUGUCACUCGUGCGAUUCAUCUGGAACUGAUGCCGGACAUGACCGCACACUCCUUUCUAUUUGCUCUCCGCAAAUUUGCAGCUAGACGAGGACCUAUAUCGGUGAUGUAUUCCGACAACGCACAAACUUUCCGAUGUGUCGACUGA